UCUUCCUUUUCAUUUGUUCGCCGCCUCCCUCUCCGUCCGCAGCUCUCUCACUGAGACACAACCCAACGCCGCAGCAAAAUGCCGUUCAAGAGGUACGUGGAGAUCGGAAGGGUUGCCCUUGUUAACUAUGGGAAAGAGUACGGGAGGCUCGUCGUCAUCGUCGAUGUCGUCGACCAGAACAGAGCACUAGUUGAUGCUCCUGACAUGGUGAGAGGCCAAAUGAAUUUCAAGAGACUUUCUCUAACUGAUAUCAAGAUUGACAUUCCCCGGGUUCCAAAGAAGAAGACGCUCAUUGAUGCAAUGGAGAAGGCUGAUGUGAAGAACAAGUGGGAGAAUAGCUCAUGGGGUAGAAAGCUAAUUGUCCAGAAGAGGAGGGCAGCUCUCAAUGACUUCGACCGUUUCAAGAUAAUGCUGGCUAAGAUUAAGAGGGCUGGGGUAGUCAGGCAAGAGCUUGCUAAGCUGAAAAAGAAUGCAGCCUGAAGUGUUAUUGUGUUUUGACAGUUUUCCCAUCAAAAUUAUCAAGUCCAUUUUGAAUGUUCUCUUUUUGCUUGCUUCCCUAUUUAGUCAGAGAUUAAAGUAGUGAGGACACACAAUUUGUUCCAAAUAUGACAGAUAUUGUAGUGAUUCUAUUUGGAUAUUGUUAUUUUUAGUUAUCAAUGUGGUUUCUGGUGGUAAUAGUCCUUCCCUUCUUUUGAGAAUUGUGGUAAUUUUAUAGUGUAUCCCUCCAUUUCCAAAUCCUAUGUUGCCAUAAAAUUUCAUCAGAUGA